GAAGGAAACGACACGGUUACAAACCAGGGCUCAGACCUAAGUCAGGAGAGGAUUUAGCCUUCUACUGUGCCUGCUACCGUGCGGCGUUCUUCUUCUGCCUCUGUUGUCGUCUUCUUCUUCUGCUGCGGAGCUGUGUUCUUCUUCUUCUUCUUCUACUGCUGCGCGGCUGUGUUAUUCUUCUUCUUCUGCGACGCAGCAAUAUAAAUAGGAAGAAAAACUUAGGGUUUUUGCAGCGAAGAUAUCUGCGAUUGCAAUCUGCCCCAAUAUUUUAUUUUUAUUUUUUCGAAUCGUGAGAGAAUCUGAUUCCACGAAUCACGCGGAAGAUCGGGAUUUUACUCCGAUCUUAUUCCGCAACGUUUUUGCUUCCGAUUUAGCACGGAAAAUUCUCCGCAUACCCUACGAGUUUAGGGUUUAGGGUUUUACGAGGUUAAAAUCUAAGAAUGGAGGAAGAGAAUGAAGAAAUAAAAACAUUCAAGGAUUUGGGCUUAGCUGAGUCAUUGGUGGAAGCUUGCGAAAAAUUGGGUUGGAAAAAUCCAUUAAAGAUACAGAUAGAAGCAAUUCCUCUUGCGUUGGAAGGAAAAGAUGUGAUAGGACUUGCCCAAACAGGUUCUGGUAAGACUGGAGCUUUUGCCCUUCCCAUAUUGCAUGCUCUCUUAGAAGCACCACGCCCAAAUAAUUUCUUUGCUUGUGUGUUGUCUCCCACCAGAGAGCUUGCUAUUCAAAUUGCUGAGCAGUUUGAAGCUCUAGGUUCUGAAAUUGGUGUCAAGUGUGCUGUGCUUGUUGGAGGAAUUGACAUGGUACAACAAUCCAUCAAGAUAGCAAAGCAACCUCACAUUAUUGUUGGGACUCCUGGACGAGUUUUAGAUCACCUAAAACAUACCAAAGGAUUUUCUCUUAAUAGAUUAAAAUACUUGGUCUUAGAUGAGGCAGAUAGGUUGUUGAAUGAGGACUUUGAGGAAUCACUUAAUGAGAUUUUACAGAUGAUUCCUCGUGAGCGGAGAACAUUUCUGUUUUCUGCUACGAUGACUAAGAAGGUCCAGAAGCUCCAAAGGGUUUGUUUGAGGAAUCCUGUGAAGAUUGAAGCAGCAUCUAAGUAUUCCACUGUUGACACAUUGAAGCAGCAGUAUCGCUUCUUGCCAGCCAAACACAAGGAUUGCUACCUUGUAUACAUUCUCACUGAAAUGUCUGGAAGUACAUCAAUGGUGUUCACUCGCACUUGUGAUGCAACUCGGCUUCUAGCUUUGAUCCUUAGAAAUCUUGGUCUAAAAGCCAUCCCAAUUAAUGGUCAUAUGAGCCAGUCGAAGAGACUUGGAGCCUUGAAUAAGUUCAAAUCUGGAGAGUGCAAUAUUCUCCUUUGUACUGACGUAGCUAGUAGAGGACUGGAUAUUCCAGCGGUAGAUAUGGUGAUUAACUAUGACAUCCCCACAAACUCCAAAGAUUAUAUACAUCGUGUUGGAAGGACUGCACGUGCAGGGCGCUCUGGGGUUGCCAUUUCCCUUGUGAAUCAAUAUGAGCUUGAGUGGUACGUUCAAAUAGAGAAGCUUAUAGACAAGAAGCUACCAGAGUAUCCUGCACAAGAAGAGGAAGUUCUGCUUUUGGAUGAGCGUGUUAGUGAGGCCAAACGAUUAGCCGUCAUGAAAAUGAAGGAGUCUGGAGGGAAAAAGAAAAGGAGGGGCGAAGAGGAUAAUGAUGGGGAGGAUAUCGACAAGUACUUCGGUCUCAAGAAUGGGAAAUCAUCCAAAAAGUUUAGAAGAUGAGAUCAUAUCACUGCCAGUGACUGAAUUAAUUAGGCAGAUGAAUGAAUCAAAUGAAGCCAUGAAAAAUUGAUUGUGCAUUAUAAUUUAGUUUUGAGCAAAUUAUUUUAUUAUAGAGUAAAUUAAAGUUCAGUCUUAAAGUUUAUUUUAAUGACAUUAAACUUCAAACUUUCCAUUUGAAUCAUUCCGGUAAAAGAACUUCAAAUAAAUAGUAACAUAAUUUUUUAAUGUUUUAA